AACAAAGAAAGGAUCAACGCGAGACAUAUGAUUACUGUAUGAUGAAAACACAAGAGAACCGCAAUGUAACUAUAUGGAGAUAUAAUAUAAAUAAUCUUUCACGGCCCUGGCAAUUGGAAAACAAUGGAAUUCGACCACGUUUUAAGGAUAAUCGGCGAGUUCGGGCCGUAUCAGAAACGACUGUAUAUCCUUGUGAAUCUGGCCAUUAUUCCCGCUGCCUUUCAAAUGCUGAUGAAUAUCUUUAUUGCGAGAGAACCUCGCUGGCAUUGUUCUGCUUUAAACAUCAGCCAAACUUGUCCCACGGGAGAACGAUCUUGUGAAACAAUACGUUACACCUCUACCUACACGUCCAUUGCUUCAGAGUGGAACCUGAUAUGCGAAGAUGCUUACAAAGUGGAAUUGUCUCAGUCUGUAUUUAUGAUGGGUGCUCUGCUUGGCGGCCUGGUAUUGGGGAUGCUUGCUGAUAAAUACGGCCGUAGACCGUCCUGGUGCAUUUCGUACAUACUAAUGGUGCUCGGUGGUGUCGCAACUGCGUUUUCAACAUCUUUGAACGUACUUUACGUCGCACGUCUCGUUGCCGGAGUUGGCACGGGCGGGGCUCUUCUUACUGGAUUUGUUUUGGUCACUGAACUCAUAGGACCAUCAUAUCGCGGUAUAACUGGAGCGCUUUCCUCGUGUUUUUUCACUUUCGGACAGAUGUUGCUGCCCGCUUUUGCGUAUUUCUUGCAAGACUGGAGGAAACUGUCUUUUAUUUUGUCUUUAGUUGGUGUCAUUUUUACGUUUUUUAUAAGGAGUGUCCCUGAGUCUCCGCGUUGGUUGAUGAUUGUGGGACGUGUCAGCGAAGCUGAAGACAUUCUUAGUGAAACUGCCUUAUACAAUGGACUAGCUCUACCUAAGACGUUACUACAAAUAGGAAGACCUAUGCAGCUUUCACGUAGUUAUCAUGGAUGUUUAGAAUUAUUUAGGAAUUGCUAUAUUGCAAAAAAGACUAUUGUUAUCUCUUCAAUAUGGUUUAUAAACAGUUUGGUGUAUUACGGAUUGUCAUUCAAUACAAAGAACAUCGAUGGAAAUAUUUUCCUGAACUUCUUUCUUUCAAGUAUCAUCGAACUGCCAGCGUAUUUCAUUUCAUUUAGUAUAAUCAACUGGAUUGGCAGAAAGAGGAGUGUAUUUUACUGUAUGACCCUGAGCGGUGCGGCAUGCUUGGCCUGUCUCUUCGUUCAAACAGGUGGAUUGUCCUCAUACAGCCCGCUCGUAACAGCCACCGCCGUCCUAGGAAAGUUUGGAAUUGCCGCCUCGUUUUCAAUUCUGCAUAUAUUCUCAGCGGAAUUAUUUCCAACUGUUGUCAGGAAUAUUGGCCUGGGGCUUUGUUCUAUGGCAGCACGGGUCGGAGCGAUUGUUGCACCGAUGAUUGUUUUUCUAGGAAGCUACACACGUCCGUUGCCAAUGAUGAUAUUUGGCAUGGGUGCAUUCACAGCGGCAUUCUUUAGUCUCAUGUUGGAUGAAACAUUGAACAGACCUUUAUCAGAAACACUGGAAGACGAUCUUCCAAAUCAGGAACUAGGAGAUUACUUACAUUAUAAACAACUCAAUACCGCGGCUGGAUCACCGCAGAAUGAAGAUGUUGAGGAGAACGUCUUUGCUCUUGUUGAUUCGGAUGUAGAAAACGAUUUUCCAAUUGAUGAGAAGCGAACGUUUAUUUAAAAUAUUGGAGAAGGAGUUCUUGGUUCUCCCUGAAAUCAUGCCAUACACCUGACCUGGUUAUCAUGAGAUAAUAAUUAUAUAAUAUGUCUUGAGUUUUAAAAAGUUUAAAGUUGGGCUGUUCUACAAAUGGAUAUAAAUAGAUUAACUAUAGUUUAUACAUAUAAAAUUCGAAUAUCAAUUAUAACAAUGAAUUGGAUUCGGGGCGUAAUUACAUCUAAAAUUAAUUAAUCUAACAGCGGACACUUAAAAUACUACAGGGUGUCCCAAAAAAACCGAAAACUAUUGA